AUGGUGGCCCCGCUGCCCAAGUCGCUGCCUCCAGCUGUUCUCCAGGCCCGAGUCCUCCCUAUCGUCCUUCGCCGCCUCUCCUCCACCCCUUUAUCUGACCACACAACCAUCAUUGACCUUCUGUCAUCCACUACCCGACUCCUCGCGUCCGACCGACAACACCAUGGCCACCUAUCCCAAACUACCGUCCUUCCCCUCCAACUCGCCCUUCACCUAUCCGGCUCCGAGACAUCGGCACCGGCCCUCCCCCUCCCUCUCCUCCUAGACCUCACGUCAGCGUACCCGGCACAUCGGAACGCCAUCUUCAAUAUCUGGGAUCACGCCUUUGACAAAUCCCUUGUCGCCGCUACCGCGAGGACCGAUGCGCAAUCCCCGGGAGAAAGCGGCGGGAGCGAGGACGAGGCGGAUUCCGAGCUCGUCCUUCUCAUCCAGUCCGAACUCGUCCCUGCACUGGUCUCGCGCAUACAGCACAAGCCCUCCGUCGCCGAUAUCAGUACCGUAUCUGCUCUCCUUCUGGUCAUGGUUCGGGCGCACGAGGAGCUCCUAGCUAUUCUGCUGAGUGAGGCGGACUAUAUCCUUCCAACCCUCAGAGGGGCGUAUACUAGCCUCGAGCAGGCCCCAUCGGCGGAUGGGAGCGAGGCGCCGCUGAGUAGGGAGGCGGUCCGUGCGAAAGAGAGCAUAUUGCUCUUCUGUGCGGAGCUGGUCGGAGCUGUACAGGGCGAGACUGUUCGGGAGGGGCUGAAGCGGCUGGCGGGGGUCCCGGUGAAGCUGAAGGAGGGCGGGGAGGGGUUCCUCAGGAACAACUCGAUGGGGGAGGAUUUGGGGAUAUAUCUUGCUGCUAUCGAUGCCAAGGAGAAGGGUCAGGCGAAGCAGAGUGAGAUCGUGCCGGAGUUGACACAGAUGCUGGAGGAGAACAUGGACGAUGAGGCUCGUGGUGAUCCCCGCGUCCAAGCUAUUCUGCAGCUCUUCCCAUCGCUACCGCCCGCUCAGCUCCUCCUCGCUCUCAAUCACCCUUCAUACGCCACCUCGUCCACCUCUACUCCGGAAGAACAGGCCUCGCCCCUGCUCGAGGUCAUCCUUUCUGGCGGGUCCGACCUACCAUCCGAUCUCGUUCAACUGCGACAUGCCAUUCAGUCCGUCUCCGAUCAACAAGGCUCCAUCUCUACAUCGGCAUCUGUCCCUGCUCCUCCACCUCACGCUUCCUCUGCGCCCCCAGCCGCACCCGCCAAGCCCCAACCCUACGUCCGGUCCAAUAUCCACGAUGACGCACCUCUGGACUUCUCCCGCCUUACACUCCGAGACGGCACGGACGUGCCUACCCCCCUCGCAUUAGCGCCUGGGCUCGGCAAGGAAGUCUCGGACGAGAUGCGCGCUAGCAUCAUGCGGCUUGUGGAUCGGCAGCGGAUCGAGGCGGAGGAGCAGGCUCGGGCGCUCGCGAAUGCCACGGGGCAGAAGUAUCGGCCGGAGCGGUAUGAUGAGGCUGGGGGUCUGAUUCCGAUCAACGAGAGCAUGGAGGAUGAUGAUGAUCACGGUGAAGAAGAGGAUGGGGGGAAGAGUGGGCUGAUAUUGAAGGAAGGGGACGAGAGUGGGGAAGAGGAAGUCGGGGAGAAUGUCGUCGAGACGUCGAAGAAGAACCAGAACAAACCUCAGAACACCGGAUACGACGUGACGAUCCAGACCAAGCUGGAACUCGCGUACCUGGCGGAUGUGCGCGUGUUUGAUAAAGACGGCGAAACGAGGCGGAGCUCUGCACGUGCAAAGCUCAAGAAGGCGACGGGGAUGGACGAUAAUCAGUUGGAAGGGUGGAGGAUCAUGCUGGAUCGCAAUAUCCACAAAGAAGCUAUUCUUGGCCGACACAUGUUCGUCCCUUCCCAGAACCUAGACUACGUCAUGGAUGGGCGAUCCGUCGCUGGCAGUACUGGUGGGGGAGGCAGCCGGGGUGGUCGAGGUGGCCGGAAUGGCGGGGGCGGGGGCGGAGGGAGUCGCGGUGGAGGGGACAACUCCAGUGUCGGUGGAGAUAGCGCAGGAGGAAGUAGUCGCGGUGGUGGUGGGAGAGGAAGGGGGGAGUCCAAAGGGAACAGAGGGCAUAGUAAUGCCGCGAGAACGAGGGGGCACGAUAAGAAGAUGAGCAGGAUGGGACAGGGGAUAUAG